UGAAGUUACAGCUUUACAAGAUAUUUUGAGUAUUUCUGAAGAAGAAUAUUCUAAUCAGGGCAAGGAUUUUAUAACACAAAAUGUAAGUGGUGCACUACAACAAGACUAUUUAGCAGAAAGAACUUCAAGAGCUCGAACAAAAACUGUAAAGCAAUUAAAUAUUACUAUAUAUUAUCAACAAAUUAUACCUAUUUCUGAUACUAAGGCUAAUGAACUUAAUCAAGCAAUUCUUAAGGCAUAG